AUUUGACAUGACCCAACCCUAUAACCGACUCAAUCUAUCGAUCUAUGAUGGGCAGUUGGGUACAUCAUACAUGAGUCCCUCGCCUUUUAUCAAGUGUAGGCCUCUUCGCAAAUUGGCUAUCUUGGGAGUUUUGAGUACAUCAUACUUAGCUACUUCUGCCCUCUGCGCUGAUCAGGCGAUCUACACAAUUUAUCAAGUGAGAAAGUCAUGGAUGAACGUGAAUUCCAACGCCUCCUUGCCCUUUUUCCAGUCGUCCGAACUCCCGAUUACAUUGAAGCCAACUCGGAACCAUCAAGUCAAUCAACUUCACAAGCAGGAAGGGAUGAGGUAAAAGAAUGGCAAGAUGCUUGGGGUGACCAAGAAACCAAGAAGCAAGAUGACUUCUGGGAUAAACUAAGAUCUUCUGCAGAGGAAAAGGUCGGCUCAGCUGAGGCAGAGAAAUUUUGUAAUGCCUUCCAGAAAAUAUAUCAUAAACUGGUGCAUGAAGAGCUUAGUAGAGAAGUGAUUCAAAGCUAUUUAUACUCGUCUUCAUCUUGAUCGUCUUACUUUGCUCAAAAGGUUUCUACCUCCUCCCAUCUCCUAAAUUUGCAUGAAGCAUACAUAUUACGUAGAAUCUAGAUGAUCCACAAAUCUACAGCUAUGUCUGUUCGUUUUCAAGUUUUGUAUGUACUGAACUUUGCUGCAGAUGCAGUCCCUCGUCUGAUUCGAAGAUGACAGAAGUGAAUUAGAAAUUGGCUGUUGGUAGUUAGAUGUUGUAAUUCUUAUGAACAUCUCCGAUGAUUUGAUGUUUUGUUGACGUGGGCUCUUUAAGCCUUGAACAAAUCAUGAUUUAUUGUCAGAAUUUUUUGCGUUGUUGCAUUUGAAUGCCCAAUGGCUCGCCGCUUGUGAAAGUUAUAUGGUGGUCAGCUUCAUGCUCACAGAGAUUGUUGGUUUUGAGAGACUUGAUUACAGUGUAAAUGUUUAUUGACAUAAAACUUCAAGAUUAUAGUGUAGUUGA